AUGAAGUGGAAGGCACUUGUCAUCACCUCCAUCCUGCAGGCGCAGCUCCCCGUUACAGAGGCACAGGCCUUUGGCAUGCUGGACCCCAGACUCUGCUACCUGCUGGAUGGGUUCCUCUUCAUCUAUGGUGUGGUCAUCACUGCCCUUUUCCUGAGAGCCAAGUUCAGCCGAAGUGCAGAAGCCCCCGUGUAUCCACAAGGCCAGAACCUGGUCUACAACGAGCUCAAUCUGGGACGAAGAGAGGAGUACGACGUUCUGGAUAAGAGGCGCGGCCGGGACCCUGAGAUGGGAGGGAAACAGCAGAGAAGAAAGAAUCCCCAGGAAGCUGUGUACAACGCCCUGCAGAAAGACAAGAUGGCGGAAGCUUACAGCGAGAUUGGGAGGAAGGGAGAUAACCAGCGGCGCAGAGGCAAAGGAAACGAUGCCCUUUACCAGGGGCUCAGCACAGCCACCAAGGACACCUAUGAUGCCCUCCACAUGCAAGCCCUGCCCCCUCGCUAAGGGCACAGAUUCUACCACUCACAGACCAGAACCACAGACGCCCAGACUGUUAAAGACACCGGAUAAAGCAUUUAUAGCCCAGCUCACUUGUCUCUUCUCCACCGCCCAAGAACACCUCUU